AUGAUUUUAAUGAAUAUUUUCCUGGGUGUUCCAUCAUAUUUUCCUGGUUUAUCUGGACAAAAACAAAAACGUACAAAUUUAGCAGAUGGAUGUGCCAACAUUCAAAAAAAAUUCAUUGGUUCUACCAAGAAAGAUUCCGUAUUUUUCUCUUACGCUGAUGUAAAAACUUGUUAUGAAUCUUUUAAAUUCGAUGAAAAAAGAAGAAAUGAUACAAUUAACACAGUAAAAAAUGUACUUGAUGGAUUCUAUGUAUUUAAAGAACAUGCCAAACAAACUCCCGUUAAAGGUUUCACUUUUAAUCCUCUUGAUCUUGAUGCAGAAUUAGAAAAGUUAAGAACAACGAAAUUUUCUAACGAUUAUAAAUUUACGAAAGCCACUCUUAAUUUAGUCACCGAAUUCAAAGAUCCACAUACACUAUUCUUCCCAAUUUGUUAUACAAGAUUCACAUUCACUCAAAAAUUAUUAUUAUAUUCAGUAGUAACCAAUGGAACACAAAAAAUCAAAGUACUUAAAGAUAUCGUUGAUCCAUCAAAUAAUGAUUGUGAAGUCAAAACUAUCAAUGGAGUUCCUGCCUUAAAAACAAUCAGUGACUUUGCACGUGACAAUGUCUUUGUAUCAAAAGAUCACGGAGUUCGUUUCAAUCUGGCCUUAACAUCACUUUCACUUCAAAAUGAUCAAUAUCAACUUCAACCAACAUCAAAUCAAUUUACUCUUCGUUUCAUUGUUCCUGAAAGAGAAACUUACACCUAUACCUUGAGUUGUAAAAAAAACAAUAACAAAAUAGUCAAACGUAAGUGGGAAGCUGUUGCCAAUAGUAACGACGAUCUUGACAGGUUUACCGAUUCUAAAUCUUAUUGGAAAAACAUUUGCACAAAUCCUGAUUCGACCAUACCACCUGCACCUUUAUCUGCCAAUUCUAAAUCUAAUACAAAAAAAUCGAAACCAUUUAAACCUUUCCAACACUCCACCAACGCUGAUCCAUUUGGCUUCAACACUAAUCACUUAUUAUUAGAAGAAUCUGAAGUUAAACUUAGUAAAGGUAACCUUGUACACAGCACCAAAUUAGGUCAAUUCUUUAUGUUGGAUGAUACUGUUGGUGUGGUUGCUCUUUCAAGUUUAAAUUUAGAUAAUCCCUCAGAUAGUGUAGCCACUAUAUUCAAUGAUCUCAAAACCGGAUUCACCCAACUUGCAAAUAAAGGUGCAAAGAAACUUAUUUUGGAUUUGUCAAAUAACCAAGGUGGUUUAAUUGUCUUUUCACAUUUCGUCAACAAACUUUUAUUCCCUGAAUCUGAUCCUUCAUUGCCAACAGAUAUGAGACUUACCGAUAUCAUGAAAGCCACUGUCGAGACAAUUUCCAGCAAAGAUAAUCCAAACUCAUUUUUUGAUUCUAGAAUAUGGAUUUCGACCGAUACUCAAAAACCAUUUAGCAACGCCGAUGAAUUUUUGGGAACUGGUGACCAGAAAUUCACGUCAAAGUUUCUUGAUAACGAUAUCACUCCAAUUAAUAUGUUCCUUACAAGUUCUGGCGAACCGCAACAAUUACCAUGGAAAAAUGGAGAUAUAGCAAUCUUAACAAAUGGGUUCUGUGGCUCUUCUUGUGCAUUAGUGGCAUCACAACUUGCUGAAAAACAUCAAGUCACUACUGUGUCAGUUGGUGGGUUUUUGAAUAAAGAAUUAUCAUUUGCGUCGUUUGUUGGCGGACAAGUAACCCUUUGGAAGAAUCCAUUCGGGGGAGGUGAUCUUAAAACUGAUUUGGUCAAUUCUGGUGCGAUAGACCGUCAAGAUGCUCCAAAGGAAUUUCCAACAAAUGUCCUAUUAACAUUUGCUUUUAGAGAAGCUUAUAGUGCCAAGAAUCCAGAUGAAGUGCUCGAGUACGCAUUCAGACCAAGUAAUCAUCAGCUUUUUUAUGACGAUAUAAGCAUUAAAGACCAAAGUAAAUUAUGGUCUCAAGCUGCAACUUUCAUCAAUUAA